AUGCCCGAGGUGCCCACGGGGACGUACCGGCAGCUCUUCCAGCCCGAGCAGCUGAUCACGGGCAAGGAGGAUGCGGCCAACAACUGCGCCCGUGGGCACCCCACCAUCGGGAAGGAGAUCAUUGACCCGGUGCGUGACCACAUCCGCAAGCUGACUGACCCGUGCACGGGGCUGCAGGGCUUCCUGCUCUUCCACAGAGGUGGUUUAAGCCCAGCCGUCUGGGUGAGCUGUCCCGGCUGUGUCUACACCUACGCCCCCAUCACCUCGGCCAAGAAGGCCUACCGGCAGCUCGCGGUGGCGGAGAUCACCGGCGCUUGCUUCGAGCCAGCCAACCAGACAGUGAAGUGCGACCCGCGGCACGGCACGGCCAUGGCGUGCUGCCUGCUGUACCGUGGGAACGUGGUGCCCAGGGAUGUCAAGGCCGCCAUCGCCGCCAUCAAGACCAAGCGCAGCAUCCAGUUCAUGGACUGGUGGCCCAGCGGUUUCAAGGUGGGCAUCAACUACCAGCUGCCCACGGCGGUGCCCAGCGGGGAGCUGGCCAAGGCGCAGCGUGCUGUGUGCGUGCUGAGCAACACCACGGCCGUGGCCGAGGCCUGGGCCCGCCUGGACCACGAGUUUGACCUGAUGUACGCCAAGCGGGCAUUCGUGCCCUGCUACGUGGGGGUGGGCAUGGAGGAGGGGGAGUUCUCGGAGGCGUGGGAGCCCAUGGCUGUCCUGGAGAAGGAUUACGAGGAGGUGGGGGCCGACAGCAUGGGGGGCGAGGAGGAGGGCGAGGCAUACUGGUCCCUGUGCCUUCUGUCUGCUACACCGCGGGGUCCCUGUCACAUGGGUGGGUACCAGGCGGGGUGA